AUGACUGUAAUGUGCUCGUCCAAGGGAAUUGCUGAGAGAGAGGUAAAGAGUGAGCAAUCACUAGUGCUCAAUGUGACAGGGGUCAAUGCUCUCAGAAAGGACCAGAGACUCCACGCCAAACUGGAGAACCUAGAACAGGUCCUAAAGCAUAUGAGAGAGGUAGCCGAGCGAAGGCAACAGCUGGAAUUUGAACAUGAGCAGGCCCUGGCAAUCCUCACGUUCAAACAAGAUGAGGUCAAACGGCUGCAGAGAGCUCAGUUUGCAGCUAAGAAGGAACAUGAGGGAGUUGUCCAGAUGCUGGAGAGUACACUGGACAGUAUGCAGGCCAAAGUUCUGGAGCUGGAGGAGAAAUGUCGAAACCAGAGCAAACAAUUUAGCCUCCUGUCUCAUGAACUGGGGAGGUUCCGUUUGCAGGCUGAGCACUUUGACCAUAGCAGUGGACCUUCCCUGUCUAACCUGGAACUGUACCAGCUGACCAAUGGUGUGAAAGAUCCAGAGGCCAUGCCAAGCAUUGCAAACAGCCCUCUUGGAACAAGGCUGUGGAGGGCAGAUCAGAUGCCGUUGAUUCAUCAUCGUGAGUUGCCUACCAUCAGUAGUAAGUCAGGAUCCAUGGCUGAAGUUCCGAAGCUCCAUGGUCUUGCUCCAAAAGCUGCGUACCUCCAGCCCAGCCCACAAAAGGCCUUCCCACCCCAGGGUGCACAUUCUGUCCAGCAGCUGGAAGAGCCAAAAGCCUAUCCACAGCCACUCCUAGAGCCCAGUAGUGGCACCCCAUUUCAGGUGUUCAUUGCCAGAUACAGCUACAACCCAUAUGAUGGUCCUAAUGACAGACCAGACUUGGAGCUGCCACUAACUGCAGGGGAAUAUGUAUACAUCUAUGGUGACAUGGAUAAGGAUGGCUUUUAUAAAGGUGAGCUUGGAGGUGGCCGAAGAGGGCUAGUCCCUUCCACUUUUGUGGAACCAGUUGUCCAGAACAAUGCACCGAAUGUAGGUCCUCCAGGGGCCAUCCAGAAGUUUGGCAGUUAUUCUCAGAAGCCCCAAGACAUGGAAAGUCCAGACAAUAUUGGUUUGUCUGACCAUAGUUCAGACAUACUGGACGUGGCCUUUGAACCGGACAUAGAGGAAGCUAAUGCCGACAUAGUGCCUUAUCCCAGGAGGCUAACUGUCAUUAAGCAACUUGCCAGGAGUGUCAUCAUUGGCUGGGAGCCACCAUUGGUGCCUGCUGGUUGGGGGGACGUUUUCAGCUACAACGUUUUUGUUGAUUCAGAGCUGCGACUCAGCGUACCAUUUGGCUCACAGACAAAGGCAGUGCUGGAGCGUCUUGAUGUUCAACUAAAGACCUACCGUAUCUCUGUGGAGAGCGUGACAACAAAAGGGACCUCAGAUCGACUACGAUGUAGCUUCUUGGUGGGGAGGGAUGUGUGUGUGGCCCCCACCCAGCUGAGGGUUGACCACAUCACUGCUACCUCUGCCAGCCUCACGUGGCUUCCAAGUAACAGCAACUACCUGCACAUGGUGUCCUUGAAUGAUGUAGAGUGGCAGUUGGUUAAGGCCGGUAGUUAUUCGCUCCGCCUUACCAAUCUCCAGCCCUACCAGUGCUACAGGGUCAAAGUAGAGGGCCGUGCACCCCAAACGCCAUGGGAGUUGCCCCCACAUCGGAGGGAACAUAGGAGUACAACCAUUACCUUCACUACACUGAUAGCAGGGCCACCAGAGGCACCACUAGAUGUGCGGGUGGAGGCUGGGCCAUCCCCAGGUAUUGCCCUUAUCAGCUGGUUGCCUGUCUUCACCGAUGCUGCUGGGGCCUCCAAUGGUGCACAAGUAACUGGAUACACCAUAUAUGCAGAUAAAAGAAAAGUUUUGGAGGUGUCUUCUCCAACUGCCAGCAGUGCGCUGAUGGGUCCCUCCCAGAUCCAUACCCUGGUGGCUGCUGGUGAAUUAACGGUGCGGACCAUGUCGCCUCAUGGAGAGUCCACUGAUUCAGUGCCUGCCCAGAUUCUCCCAGACCUCCUCACAGCCAUCACUGUGGGUGGCACACAGACCCAAACAUUGGGAAAACAGGCAAACAAGGUGCCCACCCUGCUUCGGAACCCACCACUAGGUGCCCCUGCCAAUUCCUUUGAUGCCUCUCAUGUGAUGCCUACAGACAGUAGCAGGAUCCUUGAGGGCAGUUUGUUGACUUUACCUCCUUGUAUGAACCACCCUAUGGAUUUUACUAAAGACCCAGGACAUCAGGGGAUAAACCACCUCCCUGCCUCUGAGUCCACAGACCAGACCAUGCUCAUCACCCAGAACAAUAUAAGUUCUGGCCCAAUACAGUCUCAGAAGUUCUCAGGACAACACCAAGGUAACAAAAUCCAUACUUCCCCACUGCCGGACAUCCAGGAAGAGGAGGAACCCUACUCUGACAACCCGGGAGAAGAGAACAGCAAAACUGGUAGCAGGCCAGACCCCUGUGAGACAGACAGUGACGAGGAGGUUCUGGAAAGGCUCAUGAAGCUACCUUGGCAGUUUCAAAGUAGAAAUCAGCUCUCCAGCAUUGCUGAGGUCACAGAGGAGGAGGACGAUAUCCAGGAGCAAGAUGAGUCAAGGAAGGGGGUAUGCUCUCCACAGAUCCAACAGCUGGUUUCACGGCUUGAAGAGAUCAGUGUCUGUGUUCAACAUCAAGCUGGUAUGAUGUGCCAGAGUGGAUGCCCUGAUCCAGUUGGUGGUGGCUCCAAAACAACCAUCAGCAAGCAGCAAAUUUCUGAGGAUUUGCCAGUCAACCCUGGAAGCCAGAUUCAUGCCCAUGGAGACCAAAGUGAUGAGAAGUUGGGGGGAGACCACAACCAGCAUAGGCAUGGUAGUGUCUUUCCACCUAAGAACAAGCCUCAGCGGAGAGUCCACUACUCAAACAUUGUUGAAAGCAUCAGCUACCAGGAAGAAGACUCAGACUACAGUGUUGAGACCCCGGUGAAGGAGGUUCGUCGGUUGCCAGAGAAGGUACGCAGGUCUUACCUCCUGGAGACUUCAGACACAUGUGGCAAUCCGCUAAGAAAGGAGAUCCCACAAAAGACCUUGAUGGCUUCCAGUCGACCACCCCCAGGCCAGUACUUGGGCAGCAAAACUGUUCUACGGACAAAGGCUCAUGGAGGUUGUGGAAUGGAGAUAAGCUUGGAGUAUGGCACUGAGGAUGAUGAUGAAAGUCUCCUAGGGGACACCGCUGAUGUUGUUGUGGAGCAGAUGUGUUCAGAGUGGUGGCUGGACGGUGGGACUUCAGAAAUUUUGCGUCAGUUGAGAAGCUACUCCAGGCAUCAAGAGCCCCAGACUGCGCCUGCCCAGCAAUGUCACCACAGAAGAGGGAGGGUGGAUACCUCAGGGACAAAGAGCUCUUACAAGGGGAAGGUCUGCAAUAGAAAGUCUAUAACUAGCUGCCAUAACCCAAAGUACAAAUGUGCCAAACCAGAGCAAGGGAUGACGAGUUACAGGGUCAGAGAUGAUCAUCAGAGGGAGACCAACACCGAUGCCAAGCAGUCACUGGAUGCAGCAGCAUCUGCUCAUGGCAGACUCUGCAGACCAUCUAUGAAGAGAAUGCCAGCAAAAACCAGAAGGCGACUCGAAGAUGGCCUGCGACUUGCUUCCCCUGAACCAGAGGAGGAUCUAGAAGGACUGAACACCAAGACCCGCAUCUUUGUGGCCCUUUUUCCCUACAACCCAGCCGUCAUGUCCCCCAAUCCCGACAGCACAGAGGAGGAACUCGCUUUCAUGGAGGGACAGAUCAUUGAGGUAUACGGAGACAAAGAUGUAGACGGCUUUUACUACGGCGAGUCCAAUGGCCAGUUUGGCUAUGUGCCAUGCAACUUGGUGUCUGAGAUACAGGUGGAGGACGAGGAGACCAGGCAUCAGCUACUUCUGCAGGGAUUCCUGCCCACAGAAACUCCUUUGGAGAAAAUAGAUACCUGUGAACCUGCAACUGUCCCCCAAGCCCUUGCGCCUCAUAAGAUGGUGGCUAUGUUUGAUUAUGACCCCCGAGAAAGCUCCCCCAAUGUGGACACUGAGGCAGAGCUGACCUUCAGUGCAGGGGAUAUUAUUUAUGUAUAUGGAGACAUGGAUGAAGAUGGGUUCUUCUAUGGGGAACUGAAUGGACAUCAAGGGCUGGUUCCAUCCAACUUUCUCCAGGUUGUACCUGAGACUGGGGAUGAGGCCAGAUGGGAUCCAGAGCAUUCCUGUGUAAGCAAUAAAGCACAAACAUCCUGA